GACGAUAUGCGAACACCUGCGCAAUGACAUGCUAUUUAAAUUAUACAAGUCAUGCAGGUUUAUUAUUACUCUGCUUGUGCUCAAAGAAGAAAAAAGAAUGUAAUGCUUAUUGAAUGAGAGCGUUUUCUUUAUGGCGUCAUCCUUCCACAGCUGUGGUGUUUGUGACCUCCGACUCAUCACCAAUCCAUGCAUAGUCUGGUGUACGGAAUGUGAUGAAGGACUUUGUAAAGAAUGUCAUGAACACCAUAGAUUGUCAAAGGCUUCGAGGAACCAUAGUGUGAUACCAUUUACCGAUUACCAAAAAUUACCAAGCGAUGUACUGAAGAUCACUCAAUACUGUAGCAAACACAAUAAAAAGUUAGAAAUGUUUUGCCAGAAACACGAACGACCUUGCUGCAGUAAAUGCAUAGUAGAAACACAUAAAGAAUGUCGGGAUAUCGUCGAUUUAGAUGACGUUAUUAAGAAUUACGAAACCCCCAAUGCCCUAUCUGAGAUUGAGAAAACAUUAGUUGAACUGGCAGAAAAUCUACAAAAAAUUCGCCAGCAUCAACAGGACAAUAUGUCCACUUUGAAAGAAAAAAGAAAGAAAAUUGAAAAAGAAAUUAAGAAGACUAGAAUGGAGAUCAACAACCAUCUCAACAAAAUUGAAGAAGAUUUUAUGAAACAACUCUAUGUCCUCGAAGAAAAAGAAAACUCGAAAAUUGGUCAGUUAUUGUCAUUAUUAGUAAAGAAAGAAAAAGAAGUUGAAGAAUGCCAGAAGUAUAUUAUUAACAUCAAACAACAUGCCACAAAUCUUCAGAUGUUCCUUUCAGUGAAGCAAAUCGCAGAAGACGUCUCUAGCAAAGAUAAAUUCCUGCACUCCUUAUUUGAAGGUGAAGAUUUAAGCCAGCAUUUUCUGGAAUUCGAAAUAAAUGGAGCCUUUCAGAAAAUCAUGUUUGAUAUCAAAAGUUUUGGGGAAGUACAUAUUGAAGAACAACCUGCCGUUUUUGUUCUAAGCAGAAAGAAGGCUAGAGAAGCCCAGAUAAUAGUACCGAUCGUUCAACCAAGAUCUAUUGAAAACUUACAACUGAAGCUAAACAAGACGAUAAACCUCAAAGGCAAAUGGAUACAUGGAUGUUGCAUGCUGCCGGAUGGUAGAUUGGUGUUUACUUACACCCGUGAAGGAAAAGUAAGAGUAUUCAACAACCAAGGAUCAAUAGACAUUGAGAUGACGAUACCUGGUGACGCGUUCGACAUAGUACACAUUAGUAAUGACAAUACAUUGGUUGUUACAUCCGGUAAAUCAGAAAAGCAAUGUCUUACCAUUAUAGAUCUGACGAGAAAAGAAAUUAAGAAAACAAUUUCACUGAGUUCGGAUAACUAUGGUAUAGUCUUGGAGGACAAUCGAUUGAUUUAUUCCGCCUUCAACAAAGGUAUAAGAAUGAUAAAUCUGUACGACGAGUCUUUGAGCGACAUAGUCGAAGAAGAGUUGACCAGUGAAGGUUACAUUGCAACAUUCAAAGACAAAAUUUAUCAUACAAACAAACUAGCACACACUGUGACAUGCUAUAAUCUACAAGGUGGAAUACAAUGGACAUUCAAAAAUGAAAGCAUUCUGAAAAAUCCUCUUGGUAUUGAUGUAGAUAGUGAUGGUAAUGUGUAUGUGGCAGGGAUUCAUUCAAACAAUGUGGUUGUUAUCUCCAAUGAUGGACAAAUGUAUCGAGUGCUCUUGGAAGCAAGUGUUGGUUUUGGAUAUCCCCUCGCACUUCGUUACUAUAGACAUAAGAAACAAUUGCUAGUGGCAAAUAUUCACAACGAAGCUCGACUGUUCGAUUUAAUUUAACAUGUUUAAAUAUAAAAUUUCUCUCAUGUUGGUUCAUCUUGUGAUUUGUUUAUAAAUGACAUUGUCAAUAUUAAAGGCUGUAUUGAAUUUCAUCCGUUUUUUUCUCAGCAUAAUGAGAAGCAUCAUGAUUAUGUUAAUGUGCAAAUAGUCUAUGGAAUCUUUCAAAUGUGAAAAAAACUUUUUUUGUGA